AGACAUGAACUUUUCUUUUUAACUCUCACAUAAAUAUUAAUCCUUAUAAGGAAAAAACUUCUUUGUUAAAUUCAAAAAACAAUUCUUUGGGUGUCCAUUAUAUUAAAAUUAAUUACUAUUGUUAUACAUAAUGUAUUUAAUAUUUUAAUUAAUAUUUUUUUAUUGACGCCAAUUAUAUAAAAAUUAAAAAUAUAAUGAAUGACAAUAAUGAUAAACCAUUAUUUAUUAGUUCGUUCAAUAUUAAGAAAAGUACACCAACAGAAAAAAGGAAUCAAAGGAAUAUCAUAAAAACAAAGAAAACAACAGGAAGUAUAAAUGGAAAAUCAAAUUUAAAUGAUUAUUCAACAAAAAAUGACAGUUUAAAGAAAAAUGUUGAAAAUAUUUUUCCUGCAAAAUCGGAGUUACUUGAUACAAAUGAUACAUUAAAUUCAAGUAAACUUGAAUAUUCAGAAUAUAAAAUGGUUAAAAAAAUUGCUAGACAAAUAAUAAAGAAAAAUCACAGUCAUAACAAGAAAACAAAAAUCGCAAAAAAUAUUUUUGAUGGAUCUGCCAAUAAAAAUAAUCAUGUAAAUUUGAAUAUUGUGAAGCAAAAAUGUGAGAAAUGUUUUAAAAUUUUUAAAGAUCAAGAUGGUCUUCAAAAACACAUUAAUUUUGCACACUCCGAGGAAAAACCUUAUAAAUGCAUAUUAUGUAAUUCGUCAUUUAAAAAUGAAUUUUCUCUAAAGGCUCAUAAAAAAAUACACUUUGGGGAAAAUUUGUAUGAAUGUGAGUUUUGCUUAAAGAAAUUUGUGCAUAAAUCUAAAUUAACUAUACAUCUUAGAACACAUAACAAUGAACGACCAUUUGAAUGUAGCCUUUGUGAUAAAAAAUUUAAAACCAAUGGAAACUUAACAUAUCAUACACAAUUACAUACUGAAGAAAGAUCUUAUGAGUGUGAAACUUGUGGUGUUUUAUUUAGACAGUCUCUUCAUCUAACUAAUCACAUCCGAAUUCAUACAGGUGAAAAACCAUUUACAUGUGAUAUUUGUAAAAUGGCUUUCAAUCAAUCUCAUGUUCUAGUUACUCACAAAUUGAGAGCACAUAAAGUUAAAUUAAUAAAAAAAUAAAUUUAAAUGUUUGUAUAAUAAAAUACACUUUAAUAAAGACUUAUAAAUAUGUAAGUUUUGCUUAAAUAAAUUUGUAUAAAUAUACAACUUAAGCAAAUAUGUUUUAAUUAUUUAAAUGAAGAAUUUGCCAAUAAAAUAACCCAACNUAAGUAAAUAAAUUUGUAUAAAUAUACAACUUAAGCAAAUAUGUUUUAAUUAUUUAAAUGAAGAAUUUGCCAAUAAAAUAACCCAACUCUGU